UGUUAGAGCAACGAUUGACAGGUACAAGAAACAUCAUUCUGAUUCCACAAAUACUGGAUCUGUUUCUGAAGCUAACACUCAGUUUUACCAGCAGGAAUCAGCCAAACUGCGGCGCCAAAUAAGAGAGAUACAAACUUCAAACAAGCAAAUUCUUGGAGAGUCGCUCGGCGUUUUAAACCACAAGGAACUCAAGAAUCUGGAAGGGAAAGUGGAGAAAGCCAUUGGAAGAGUCCGCUCCAAAAAGAAUGAGUUGCUGUUUUCUGAGAUAGAGCUGAUGCAAAAGAGGGAGAUUGAACUGCAAAAUGCCAACAUGUAUCUGCGAGCAAAGGUCUGAUUCGAUCUCUUGACCUUAAAAAGACUUUCUAGUACAGAAUGUAAUAUAUUAUACCAUACCGCGGAUUAGAUAGGUAGUUCUACUUACUGACUGUAGAAGCUUAUGCAAGGUGAAAUGAAUGAUAUUGCAGAUAUCUGAGUUUGAAAGAGCACA